UGGGAUGCCAUCACAGAGAUGGAUGAGCACAACCGGCCCAUCCACACUUUCCAGGUUUGCAACGUGAUGGAGCCCAACCAGAACAACUGGCUUCGCUCCAACUGGAUCUCUCGGCAGGCGGCUCAGAAGAUCUACGUGGAGCUUCGCUUCACCCUGCGCGACUGCAACUCCAUCCCGUGGGUGUCGGGCACCUGCAAAGAGACGUUCAACCUCUUCUACCAUGAGACUGACGAAGCUCACACUGUCAAAUUCAAGCCUGUGCAGUACACCAAGAUUGACACCAUUGCUGCUGACGAGAGCUUCACUCAGAUGGACCUCGGGGAUCGCAUCCUCAAGCUGAACACAGAGGUGCGCGAGGUGGGACCCAUGACCAGGAAGGGCUUCUAUUUGGCGUUCCAGGACAUUGGCGCCUGCAUCGCCUUGGUCUCAGUGAGGGUUUACUACAAGAAAUGUCCGUUCACCCUGAGGAACCUGGCCUCUUUUCCAGACACAGUGCCUCGUGUGGACUCCUCCUCACUGGUGGAGGUGAGGGGAGCGUGUAUUGACCAUGCGGAAGAAAGAGACACACCCAAACUCUUCUGUGGAGCCGAUGGUGAUUGGUUGGUUCCAUUGGGAAAAUGCGUCUGCAGCGUUGGGUAUGAGGAGAUUGACGGCACAUGUUUUGCUUGCCACCCAGGCUUCUACAAGGCAUAUGCUGGAAACAUCAAGUGUUCAAAGUGCCCUCCGCAUAGCUACAGCUAUGGAGAAGGGGCGACUAUCUGUCGCUGUGAGAAGGGCUUCUUCAGGGCUGAGAAAGAUCCCCCAACUAUGGCAUGCACACGUCCUCCGUCUCCUCCCCGUAACCUGCUGUCCAACCUGAACGACACCAGUCUGAUGCUGGAGUGGUCACCUCCCAGCGACACUGGGGGCCGCCGGGACCUCACCUACAACGUCCAGUGCAAGCGCUGUGGCCCCGAGCCGGACCAGUGCCAGCUGUGCGAGGAGGUGCUCCGCUUCCUGCCGAGACCACUGGGUCUGGUCAACGCCAGCGUCACUGUCAUGGACUUCUCGGCGCACGCCAACUACACCUUUGAGAUCGAGUCGCUCAACGGCGUGUCGGACAUGAGCUCCUUCCCUCGCCAGGUAGCGAUCAUCACCGUCAGCACUGAUCAGGGAGGUCCCACUGUGUUCGGGGCACUGAAGAAGGACUGGGCCUCUCCGAACAGCAUCGCUCUCUCCUGGCAGCAACCGGAACAGACGGCCCUUCCCAUCCUGGACUACGAGAUCAAAUAUUAUGAAAAGGAACACGAGCAGCUGAGCUACUCGUCUACGCGAACCAAGGCUCCCAGUGUGAUCAUCUCAGGUUUGAAACCAGCGACUUGGUACGUGUUCAGCGUACGCACCCGCACGCCGGCUGGAUACAGCUCCUACUCACCUAAAUACGAAUAUGAAUCCACAGGAGACUCAUCAGACAUCGCCUCGGAUCAAGGCCAGGUGUUGGUCAUCGUCACAGCAGCGGUGGGGGGAUUCACCCUCCUCGUCAUCCUCACCCUCUUCCUCCUCAUCACUGGAAGGUGCCAGUGGUACUUUAAGGCCAAGAUGACCUCGGAGGAGAAGAGGAGGACCAGUUAUCAGAAUGGACAUGUCCCUGUGCCAGGAUUAAAGACCUAUGUAGACCCUGAUACAUACGAGGACCCCACUCAGGCCGUCCAUGAGUUCACCAAGGAGAUCGACCCGUGCAGGAUCCGCAUCGAGAGGGUGAUCGGAGCCGGUGAGUUUGGCGAGGUGUGCAGCGGCCGCCUGAGAACGCCGGGGAAGAAGGAGAUCGCUGUGGCCAUUAAGACGCUGAAGGGAGGCUAUGUGGACCGUCAGAGGCGGGACUUCCUGCGCGAGGCAUCAAUCAUGGGCCAGUUCGACCACCCCAACAUCAUCAGGCUGGAGGGCGUGGUCACCAAAAGCCGACCUGUGAUGAUUGUGGUGGAGUACGUGGAGAACGGAUCACUGGACUCAUUUCUGAGGCAACAUGACGGUCACUUCACUGUCAUCCAGUUGGUCGGCAUGCUGCGCGGCAUCGCCUCGGGUAUGAAGUACCUGGCGGACACGGGCUACGUGCACCGAGACCUGGCGGCUCGGAACAUCCUGGUCAACAGCAACCUGGUGUGUAAGGUGUCCGACUUCGGCCUGUCCCGGGUGCUGGAGGACGACCCGGAGGCUGCGUACACCACAACGGUACUGUUUGAACAGGGUGGUAAGAUUCCAAUCCGAUGGACGGCACCUGAGGCCAUCUCAUACAGGAAAUUCUCCUCGGCCAGUGACGCGUGGAGUUACGGCAUUGUCAUGUGGGAGGUGAUGUCUUAUGGGGAACGGCCAUAUUGGGAGAUGUCCAACCAGGAUGUGAUCCUGUCCAUCGAGGAGGGCUACCGGCUGCCGGCGCCAAUGGGCUGCCCUGUGGCGCUGCACCAGCUGAUGCUGCACUGCUGGCAGAAGGAGAGGAAUCAUCGGCCCAAGUUCACCGACGUUGUGUCCUUCUUGGAUAAACUGAUCCGCAACCCCAGCAGCCUGCUGCCGCUGGUGGAGGACAUUCAGAGUCUACCAGAGUCUCCGGGGGAGGAAAUGGACUACCCCAUGUUCAUCUCCGUCAGCGACUGGCUGGACUCCAUCAAGAUGAGCCAGUACAACAGCAGCUUCAUGGCGGCAGGCUACAACACGUUGGAUUCUGUGGCCAGGAUGAGUAUUGAAGAUGUGAGGUGUAUAGGCGUGGACCUGAUCGGCCACCAGAGGCGGAUCAUCAGCAGCUUACAGACGCUUCGCCUUCAGCUGCUGCACGAACAGGAGAAAGGUUUCCAUGUAUGAGGACGACCAUGAACACAAGCUGGGACGGAUGGACAGGUGGACCGGACGGAAGCGAAGUCUAGACCGUAGUAGAGACAGUCUCCAGCCUGUGCCUGAGUCUCAGCCCCCCUCGUACCGGAGGUCAUUGGACAGACUUAGCACAGCAGACGGCCCCCGUGGGCUCCCUCAAGUCCAGUAGUACCAGACUUUUUUUCUACUACACACCCCUCUCCCAGUAAACCUGGUCCCGGUGUGCCGGACUGGUCCAGCCUGACAGACUCAACAGACUGACCCAGGCCCUCACGUAGGGGAAUGUAAUGCCUUGUUGCAGCAGCAGUUCUUUGUGUGGAGCAACAAUAUCUAGAGAUGUAGAUUUGCAAACGUAAUCUACUGAAUGUUUUGACUUUUGUUUCCUCUGUUCUCGCUCUGAUGACUUUUGUGCUCUUGUAGCUGCUAUCAGGUGUGCAAUCGAAACGUUCUGUCUUUUGAGAAGAAAAAAAAAAUA